AGGGUUAUAAUCCCUAAGCGCGGCCGAAGGCAGAAGCAAGCAUAGGAGGUUGUGGUUGAACAAUUCAACCAGUAGCUGACAUAGAUGCGUCCAUGGUUACUAUGCCCGACAGCUCGGCAUAUCUGCAGCGAAUGGAAAUGGAUUCAGCCAAUACCACCGCACCAACUUCCGAGGUACAGCCGCCACGUCCACAGCUUCCUCAAGCAGUACAACAAUUGCCUGUAGUACAGCCGCUAGUGUUGCUGUCAACGAAUGCAUCGCAAUUUAUAGAGGGUUCAGCCGCCGAGCUACAUCCUCCGCCAACCUUCGAUGGUAGUCCGGAAGAUUGGCCAUUAUUUUUUGAAAAUUAUGUGGACACUACGGCGAGUUCGGCUAUAACAAUAGGCAAAACCUCAUGCGGUUGCAGAAAGCGCUGCAAGGCAAUGCCAAACGGGCGGUUGUGUCUAUGCUAAUAUACCCUGAGGACGUGCCUAAAGUUAUGAAGGAGCUGGAGUUCAAUUUUGGCCGGCACGAUUUAUUAAUCUGUGCGCAACUACAAAAGGUGCAACAGUUUCCCGCAAUCCAUGACAAUCGGCUAGACCAGGUUCUGGAAUUUUCGAACCGGGCUCGUAACAUUUCAGCCUUCUUCAAAUCAGCAAGAUGUGAGCACCACCUCAUGAACCCAACACUUCUCGAACAGCUAAUCUCGAAGCUGCCGCCGUCGAAGCAAUUCGAAUGGAGCAAACAUGCCGCCAGUAUCUCGCCGUUUCCUACUGUUGGGAACUUUGCUGAUUGGCUGAGUGACUUGGCCAAAGUUGUGUCCAUAAUGCCUGACGUCGCUGACAUAUCGCUGCGUUUUAGCCAACCACCGUUGCCAUUGUCGCGACAAAGUACAAACGCCAAUCGUCAGUCUGGGUCGAGCGGAGGUCCAGUUCGUCGAGUUCUACACAGUAGUGAGGAGCAGCGCGUAUGCCUGUGUUGCAAACAGUCUCACGUCAUAACCAGUUGCCAUCAGCUGAUGCACCAAGAUUGCCGUACGUUGUCAGAGCCAACUUCCGAUCGGGAACGCGUCCUAAACUGAAGCCAGCUUGUUUAAAAUAUUGCCUGUUAUGUUGUCCGGCCCGCAUGGCAGUAUAAAGGUAUAUGCCAUGUUUGACGAGAGGUCUUCCGUGUCGUUACUGGAAGAGAGCGUCGCUACACAGUUGGGGUUAAGAGGUCGUGACAGUGUAGGGUAUUUUACUUGAAUGUUUUUAUACUUGUUUAAAUUCUUGAUUUUCAAUUUAUGGUUCUAUGAAUUUGUUUGUAGUUGAAAAGAAAAU